UUGACCUUGGAGAGCUUUAGAAGACUUGCAUUGCUUAGUGGAUGUGAAUAUUGCUCUACCUAUCCACUAUUUGCCAGCGACUUUGAUCCUAUAAAGGUUAUUGAGCUUUUGAAGAAGAACACGCUAGCUAAUGACUCCUCCAAGGACUAUGAAAUGUCAUAUGAAAGUAAGUAUUUCAGUGAGUAUAGACAGGGGUUUUGCAUUAUUGAGAAUCGCCUCGUUAUGUGCCUUGAUGGCACUAUUCAGCCGAUUGAACCAACCGUUUCGUCAGAAACUAUUGAGGAUGCCUUUGGUAGAAGGCUCUCGAACAAAAUCUACCAGCAAAUUUUUAAAUGCAAUAUUGGGGCCAAAUCGUUAAGUAACAUUAUGUUUGGCAGAAACAAAUCAUAUACAAUGAACCAGCUGAUUGAACUAUUUAAGGCCAUUUUAGAGUCUCCAAGGAGUAUUGAUAUUCCAAAGGUAUCAACACUUUCUGAAUUUUUCGUAAAAAAACUUCAAUAUGAGGUUGUAUGGCAUCCGUUAAUUAAUAGAACCGUCCAAGUUCUUUUCCAUGUGUUUUUAAAUGGUGAUUUUAAGCCCGAGUUUUUAUUAAAAUUUUUGAAUUCAGGAUAUCUGGGAAAUAGACCAUCACGUCCCGGAAACACAACACCAAACGAAAGGCUUUUAUAUCUUUCAACAAGAUAUUCACCGGAUAGCUUGGAGCAUUUUUGCAUGUUUUUAGAAAACCAUCUGCUGUUUGGAGACAUAACUAAUCUGAUGAAGAUUAAUUAUAGCCUUGAAAAUGAUGCUAGUUUUGAUUUUUCACUUUCAAAUUUUACAAUGAGCCUUGAAAAGAUUGUGCUGAGGCAAUUUCUUUCUCAAAAUGUUUCACAUUCCAGUAAAUUAGAGGAAUUUUUGCAGUUGUUAGAGGAUUAA